AUGAAGAUUUGCAUUUCUUUUCUGGCUAUUGUUUCGGCGCAAGUUACAGAUGAUUACUGUCGUGUGAGGGAGCAAAUGGCGGAUAAUAUAAAAUACUAUGGCGAUGCUAUCGACCGCUACAUCGAGCAAGAAAAAACUUUCAACGAACUUGGCCGUUGCUACAACUCAAUGGCUGAAGCUGGCGUCUUAGAGACCGAUCGAGAUUGGGAUAAUCGAUGCAUCAGCUCUGGUAUCUGCCGUGAAGACGGAUCAGACUCUCGCCUCUGCUGCAUCACCAACGAUUUCAAUCAACUCCAGCAGGCUUCGAUUCUUCUCAGCUCUCACGUUGAUGCUCUCGAUCAGCAAAUGGACAACAUGCUGUCAGAAAUGCUCCAAGUUGAAUCCUGCAUUACUGGACUUUGCUACGAUGCGAAAAUGACAGCUUUCUGA